AUGGAGAACAAGGCGAAGAGACACAGCAAGGGUCGACAAAAGAUCGAGAUGAAGAUAAUAGAUAACAAAAGCAACCGACACGUGACCUUCUCGAAGCGCCGGAAAGGUCUCGUCAAGAAGGCGGGUGAACUGAGUGUCCUGUGUGGUGCGGAGGUUGCCCUUGUAGUCCUGUCACCUGCCAAAAAGAUCUACACCUUCGGCAGCCCAUCCCCCGACACAGUCGUCGAUCGCUUCCUCACCCAAUACCCUAACCCUAAUUCUUCCACUCUAGUGUCACCACAUGAUCCACAUGAUCAUGAUGAUAAUAAGCUCCGAGUGCAACAACUUAGCAAGAACAAUUAUUUGGAGGCUUUGGGUGACUUACAAGCCAAGUCGGAACAAAGAAAACCGAGUGGAACCGGGUAUUGGUGGGACGACCCCAUUCAAGAAUUAGGGUUAGAGGAGCUUGAGCAUUUUAUUGCUUCGUUGGAAGUGUUGAAGAAGAAUGUGGUGACUCGAGCUGAUCAGAUGGCUCGAGCGGAUCAGAUGGCAGCGGAUCAGAUGAAGAAUAAUUUGAUUAUAAAUCAGGCGGCGGAUCAGAUGAAAAUGGAGAGGGCUACUUUUGAGGCUUUUGAGGCUUUUGAUCCAAAUCUGCUGCCGAUGAGAGGCACUGGUUUUGGUUUUGGUUUUGGUAAUGAUUUUGGUAAUUUUGAUUUGAGUUAUUAUUAG